AUGCCGCUCAAUAAAAGCCUAAAGACGACGCUACUAACGUUGACUUGGCUCCCAGUGCUAUAUUCUUUCACCAGCCAUGUCUACCAGCCGUACCAGAUCAAAGGAUCGUCCAUGACCCCCACUUUCAACCCGGGGACGUCCACUACGGCCAAGGAUAUAGUGUUGGUGCAGAAAUUCAACAUCAAGUCGAAACCGGACUCCAUUGCCAAGGGAGAUAUCAUCAUGUUUAGAUCGCCGCUAGAUCCCGAUAAGCUAUUGACCAAACGAGUCAUUGGUGUCAAUGGGGAUCGCGUCUACCCCAAAUCGCCACGGUAUCCCAAGCUGGAGGUGAAGAUACCGCGAAACCAUUUAUGGGUGGAGGGGGAUAACAGCUUCCACUCGAUCGACUCGAAUGAGUUUGGACCUAUAAGUAAAGGCUUGGUUGUCGGGAAAGUCGUGUAUAUAAUUUGGCCAGCUAGUCGAUGGGGACAGGAUUUGCGAGGCGGUCUAGGUGAUGAUAUUUGA